GUGUGCAUGUGUGUGCGUGUGUGUGUGAGGGUAUACAUUUUUAUGCAGUGGGUGUUUAAAGAGCUAAGCACUGAAGCUGGUUUUCCACAAACGAUCGUCACGAGCACUCCAGACAAACCAAACUUCCUCUCUUGGAUGGAGGAUGAAGCUGUCCUGGACAGAGGGGCUUCCUUCCUUAAGCAUGUGUGUGAUGAAGAAGAAGUAGAAGGCCACCAUACCAUCUAUAUUGGGGUCCAUGUGCCGAAGAGCUACAGGAGAAGGAGACGCCACAAGAGAAAGACAGGGCACAAAGAGAAGAAGGAAAAAGAAAGAAUCUCUGAGAACUACUCUGAUAAGUCAGAUGUGGAAAAUGCUGAUGAGUCCAGCAGCAGCAUCCUGAAACCCCUCAUCUCCCCGGCCGCCGAACGCAUCCGGUUCAUCCUGGGCGAGGAGGAUGACAGCCCGGCGCCCCCUCAGCUCUUCACCGAACUCGAUGAGCUGCUGGCCGUGGACGGGCAGGAGAUGGAGUGGAAGGAGACGGCCAGGUGGAUUAAGUUUGAAGAAAAAGUGGAACAGGGCGGGGAAAGAUGGAGUAAGCCGCAUGUGGCCACGUUGUCCCUUCACAGCUUAUUUGAGCUGAGGACAUGUAUGGAGAAAGGAUCUAUCAUGCUUGACAGAGAGGCGUCUUCUCUCCCACAGUUGGUGGAGAUGAUUGUUGACCAUCAGAUUGAGACAGGCCUAUUGAAACCUGACCUUAAGGAUAAGGUGACCUACACUUUGCUCCGGAGGCACCGGCAUCAAACCAAGAAAUCUAACCUUCGAUCCCUGGCUGAUAUUGGGAAGACAGUCUCCAGUGCAAGUCGGAUGUUUACCAACCCUGAUAAUGGUAGCCCAGCCAUGACCCAUAGGAAUCUGACUUCCUCCAGUCUGAAUGACAUUUCUGAUAAACCGGAGAAGGACCAGCUGAAGAAUAAGUUCAUGAAAAAACUGCCACGUGAUGCAGAGGCCUCCAAUGUGCUUGUUGGGGAGGUUGACUUCUUGGAUACUCCUUUCAUUGCCUUUGUCCGGCUCCAGCAGGCGGUCAUGUUGGGCGCCCUGACUGAGGUCCCUGUGCCCACACGGUUCUUGUUCAUUCUCUUAGGUCCUAAGGGAAAAGCCAAGUCCUACCAUGAGAUUGGCAGAGCCAUCGCCACCUUGAUGUCUGAUGAGGUGUUCCAUGACAUUGCUUAUAAAGCAAAAGACAGGCAGGACCUGAUUGCUGGCAUCGACGAGUUCCUAGAUGAAGUCAUUGUCCUUCCCCCUGGAGAAUGGGAUCCAGCAAUUAGGAUAGAGCCUCCCAAGAGUCUUCCAUCAUCUGACAAAAGAAAGAAUAUGUACUCAGGUGGAGAGAAUGUUCAGAUGAAUGGGGACACACCCCAUGAUGGAGGCCACGGAGGAGGAGGAGGGGGACACGCGGAUUGUGAAGAAUUGCAGCGAACUGGACGGUUCUGUGGUGGACUCAUUAAGGACAUAAAGAGGAAAGCACCAUUUUUCGCCAGUGAUUUUUAUGAUGCUUUAAAUAUUCAGGCGCUUUCAGCAAUUCUCUUCAUUUAUCUGGCAACUGUAACUAAUGCUAUCACUUUUGGAGGACUGCUUGGGGAUGCCACUGACAACAUGCAGGGCGUGUUGGAGAGCUUCCUGGGCACGGCUGUCUCUGGAGCCAUCUUUUGCCUGUUCGCCGGUCAGCCCCUCACGAUUUUGAGCAGCACGGGGCCUGUUCUAGUUUUCGAGAGGCUUCUAUUUAAUUUCAGCAAGGACCAUAAUUUUGACUACCUGGAGUUUCGCCUUUGGAUUGGCCUGUGGUCAGCCUUCUUGUGUCUCAUUUUGGUAGCCACAGAUGCCAGUUUCUUGGUUCAGUACUUCACUCGCUUCACCGAAGAGGGUUUCUCUUCUCUGAUUAGCUUCAUUUUUAUCUACGAUGCUUUCAAGAAGAUGAUCAAGCUAGCGGACUACUACCCCAUCAACUCCAACUUCAAAGUGGGCUACAAUACUCAGUUUUCCUGUGCCUGUAUGCCUCCUGACCCAGUUAAUAUCUCAAUAUCUAAUGACACUACAUUGGCCCCAGAGGAUUUGCCAACUGUUUCUUCUACUGACAUGUACCAUAAUGCUACCUUUGACUGGGCGUUUUUGUCAACGAAGAAGUGUUUGAAAUAUGGAGGAAAGCUCGUGGGGAACAACUGUGAUUUUGUUCCCGAUAUCACACUCAUGUCUUUCAUCCUCUUCUUGGGCACCUACACCUCUUCUAUGGCUCUGAAAAAAUUCAAAACUAGCCGUUAUUUUCCAACUACGGCAAGAAAACUGAUCAGUGACUUUGCCAUUAUCCUGUCCAUUCUCAUCUUUUGUGUAAUAGAUGCCCUGGUAGGUGUGGAUACUCCAAAACUAAUUGUGCCAAACGAAUUCAAGCCAACAAGUCCAAACCGAGGUUGGUUUGUUCCCCCAUUCGGAGGAAACCCCUGGUGGGUGUACCUUGCAGCUGCUAUUCCUGCUUUGUUGGUCACCAUUCUGAUUUUCAUGGACCAGCAAAUCACAGCUGUGAUCGUGAACAGGAAAGAACACAAACUCAAGAAAGGAGCUGGAUACCACCUGGAUCUCUUCUGGGUGGCCAUCCUCAUGGUGGUGUGCUCUUUCAUGGCUCUUCCAUGGUAUGUGGCUGCGACCGUCAUCUCCAUCGCUCACAUUGACAGUUUGAAGAUGGAGACAGAGACUUCUGCCCCUGGAGAACAACCAAAGUUUCUAGGUGUGAGGGAACAAAGAGUCACUGGAACCCUCGUGUUUAUUCUGACUGGUCUGUCAGUCUUUAUGGCUCCCAUCUUGAAGUUUAUUCCCAUGCCUGUUCUCUAUGGCGUGUUCCUGUAUAUGGGGGUAGCAUCCCUUAAUGGUGUGCAGUUCAUGGAUCGUCUGAAGCUGCUGCUGAUGCCCCUAAAGCACCAGCCAGACUUUAUCUACCUGCGCCACGUCCCCCUGCGCAGAGUCCACCUGUUCACCUUCCUGCAGGUGCUGUGUCUAGCUCUGCUCUGGAUCCUCAAGUCCACCGUGGCUGCUAUCAUCUUUCCAGUCAUGAUCUUGGCACUUGUAGCUGUCAGAAAAGGCAUGGACUACCUCUUCUCCCAACAUGACCUCAGCUUCCUCGAUGAUGUCAUUCCAGAAAAGGACAAGAAAAAGAAGGAAGAUGAGAAGAAAAAGAAAAAGAAGAAGGGAAGUCUCGACAGUGACAAUGAUGAUUCUGACUGCCCAUACUCAGAAAAAGUUCCAAGUAUUAAAAUUCCAAUGGACAUCAUGGAACAGCAACCUUUCCUAAGUGAUAGCAAACCUUCCGACAGAGAAAGAUCACCAACAUUCCUUGAACGCCACACAUCAUGCUGAUAAAAUUCCUUUCCUUCAGUCACUCGGUAUGCCAAGUCCUCCUAGAACUCCAGUAAAAGUUGUGCCUCAAAUUAGGAUAGAACUUGAGCCUGAAGACAAUGAUUAUUUCUGGAGGAGCAAGGGAACAGAAACUACAUUGUAACCUGUUUGUCUUUCUUAAAACCGACAGUUUUUGUUGUUAAUGUUCUUGGGUUUUGUCUAGUUGUUUAUUUUUUAAUUUUUGUUUUGUUUUGGUUUUUGGUCAUUGGCCAAAUAAUAUAGCACUCACUCUGCUUCCCUCUUGCAUAGGUAAAAUCAAGACAAUAGUUCACCGUUCCUUAAAAACAUCUGAAGACUCCCCUUUUCUUUUCAUAUUUUCAGAUGUGUCCUCUGACAACCAGAUUCCUUUGUCACUCAAGACACGCACAGACCCUGUCCUUUCCCUUUAUUAAGCAGAGGGCAAAAGCAUUAACGAUUUUGUAACACCUUUGAUUAAAAUAUUGAAGGAACUUACAACUUUAGCUUUGGAGCUGUGCUUACUGGCUUGUGUGCCUGUCUGGUAGAAGAAACCCUGACCUCCAGGCAGAGUCCUUCCUUGCUUUUAGAGCUCUCCAGGACUGGAAAAAAAAGUGCUGCUAUAUGCUAACUUGCUCUUGCUUGUCAGCCCUAAUCUUAGAGUUAUCAAAAGAAGAAAAACUCAAGGUACUUUACUCCCUGUAGAGAACUAUUGCCAUCAUUGUAGCAAGUGCUGGAAUAUCCCUUUUUCCUAUGCAACUUUUUUUAACCCUUUAAUGAACUUAUCUGUUGAGUACAUUGAAGAAUAUUUUCUUCGUAGAUUUUGUUGUUUAAAUUAUGGGGCCUAACCUGCAACUUAUUUUUUGUCAAUUUUUUAAACUUUUUUUUAAUUACUGUAAAAAAAAUGAAUUUUUUCCUGCAGCAGGAAACAUAGUUUUGAGUAGUUCUACCUCUUAUUUGUAGCUGCCAGGCUUUCUGUAAAAAUUGUAUUGUAUAUAAUGUGAUUUUUACACACACAUACACACACAAAUACACAAUCUCUAAGGUAAGCCAGAGGGCUGGAUCAGAUUAAAAACACCAUGUUUCUUAGCAUCCAUUUUUCCCUUUCUUUAAAAGAAACUUACUGUUCUAUGAAGAGAUUGGGGGAGAAGGGAGAAGCUCUUAUGUAAUGGGCAUAACUGACGUUUUGGUAAUAGUAAUAUCUGGGCAUAGAUGCUGAUUGUAUUACCAUGUCAAUGUCCUAUGCAGUAUUUUUAGACAUUGUUUUCAUUUUGAAAUAUUUGUGUGUUUGUGUACAUACUCUGUGUGUGGCUGGUGCACAUAUGUGCAAAGUUGGGGAGACAGAGUGAAGGUAGGGGAUGGGCAAAAUUAUCCAGCCUCUUGUGUCACUUUUCAUAAAACCCAAACCACAUGUGAAAAAUUCAUCAGAGGUCUAAGAGACUUACUAUUAUGCAAAUGAGGGUAAAUAUAAUUUUAUUGCUGGAUAACAUCAUUGAUCCAAGAGCUCAUAUUUAUAAUACAAAAUCCAUUGGAAUAUUAAUAGAUAAUUUACUUAUCUGUACAGUGUUUAUGGGAUUGCAGACAGAUCUGCACACACACACACACACAUUUUAAAAUGCUUGCACAUGUUUUUAUGAUGGAAAGGCAAUUAUUCUUCAUGAGUAGGACAUUUAGAUAUAUGUGUAUGUGUGUGUAUGUACAUGUAUUUCAAAGUAUCAUAUUGAAAAUUAGAAAAAAGAAAAUUAGGACUUUAUUAACCAAAUUUAGCAUGUAAUUUAAAUGUAAUAUUUUAAUAGACAUUAUGUAUUGUGAAUCUGCAUUAAGAAUAACACUUUAAACAUUAAAUUCAUAAUUUUGGACUCAUCAUAUUUGUGAUCCAUCUAAAUUAAAUAUAUAUAACUAAAACAGAUUGUUGGAGGAGUACCAGAAGCAGGAUGAAACCAUGUAUUUUGGUUUCGUAAUAUGCACAUAGUGACUCCCAUUCACUCUCUCAUAUUAAUUAAAUUAUAAUUGUGUCCCCUUAAAAUUUUGAUUAUAAAACUUUAGUACCCUGAAUUGUCGCUUACUUUUAUAGUAUCUGAUAAUCUUAAAACUUUAUCCAAAUUAGACAUAAAUGACCUGUAAUUUUUUCAUUAAAAUGGAAACAGCAAAUUACAUGUUAUUUGUUAAAACCUUACAUGCCAAGUUCUGGCAUCAGAUUUAUAUUUAGAGCUAUUCUUUAAAUGAUUAUAUCAUCUAGUUCUUUCAUUACUGCAGUAUAAAAUUAUAAGAAGCUUUUCCUUUUUCUUUACCAAGGGAAGCAUCAAUAUAAUGUCUAAGAGCCAUGCAUAAGUUUAGCCUGACCUAUGAUCUUGUUAAAUUAAAGACACUUUUGUUCACAUUUAUAAAGGCCCUGGAUGUAAUACUUUAUUUUUCUGAUCAUGAAUCAAGUAUUUGAGGAUUUCUGCCUCUCUCCAUCUCUUUCAAAGAACUCCUGAAGCAACUUAACUCAAUAUUUAAGCCUUUGAGUAGAUCUAAAGGCUAUCUGCACCUCCACUUACGAUCUAUAUUCUGUGACCAAAGGUUGAAAUUCAUGAUAUGAAUGCAGAACAGUACCUUCCAUUUGCUCAAAGUAGCAGUUAAUAGCAAACCCUUUCAAUAUUUUGGAACCCAGAGAAGCUUUUAAAAAAUCAUUACUUUCAGAGGAGUAGGAGUAGUUACCAAAUAAGCACGCAAAACCCGCAGUCCAUCCAGAACCAUCAGAUCAUCUGUAUUUUAACUGAAUUUACUCAUUUUCUGAGAACUAACCAGACUGUGGGAUAGUUUUAUUUCUAUGUAAACUGCACACACAGAAUAUAGUACAAUGAGGAAUUUCUUUUCCUGAUGUGAAUAUGGAGACAUGAAAUACUUGAGCUGUUAGGAGUACAAGACUAAGGGUACACUCCCAGGAUAUCAAGCAGAAGUCCUGUGAUUGUACAGACUUACUGUUGAAGAGAUCACUGGGCCAAGAGUUGGCCUUAUCAAAGGACAUAAAGGCCUCUGGUUUUGCAUUUGAAAGAAAAAUCUCUUGGAGACACUGUUUUCCUUGAUAAAGAUCACUCUUUUCUACUGUGUGAGACAAGGGCCUGGAAUCUGAACUAUUUUCUGUGCCAUAGGCUGUAGUGUUCCUGCCUCUUCUUCCAGUUAAGCAGUGGAGUGGGGGUGGGAGAUGGAGGCUUCAAGAUGUACAAAAAUAAAAAACAAACCCCUCUCUGAUCAGACCCUUACCACAGAAAAUGGGGGGUAGGAUGAAGUAAUUAUUUGCUCUUAGUAAUUCAGUUUGGGUAUAUGUUAUGCACAUGCACCAACACACACAGAGUCAAUCUUUUAUCAGCUAUAUAUUGCUGUUCAAUACAGAGAACGAUUGUCUUCCGAGUUUUUUUUUUUUUUUUUAACUGUGUUAAAGUACUUGAAAUGUAUUGACUGCUGACUAUCCUUUAAAAACAAAAUGAAACCAUUUGAGCUGUAUUACAGAGGUUGACAUUGUUCAGGGAUGGGACAAAGCUUUCUUCAAUUCUUUUCCUACCACUUAAUGAUUUUGGUGCAGGAACUUGAGAUUUUCUUAUUUAUUCCAUGAUAAUUUCACAUCUACUCUUCACAGCAUGAAUAUAAAGCCCAGUGGCACCAAACGGCUGAAUACAAUCAAAUGAUACUUUAUAACACUUUGCUGACCAAUGGGCCUUGGGAGUUUUCAGACGAUGAUUUCAUUGAGUUUCAUUGCAGCUUGAAAUAAAAAAGUUUUAUGAUAUACGCCAACCAGUCAAGUUGUGUUUUGACCGGAAAUUUGGAUAUGACCUAUUUCUUAGCUCAUUUCUCUGUGCUCUAUGGGUACAUAAAAUAAUCCUGAAUUCUGUUUCCCAGGCAGAUAAUUGCAACUCAGGGCUAAAGUCAUCCAGUGAAACUUUUAGAGCCAGAAGUUAACUUUGUCCCAGUCCUACAAUGUGAAAAGAGUGAAUAGUUGCCUCUUUUUAGCCAUUUUCAUGGCUGGUACAUAUCUGUACACCUUACUUUUCAGAAUCAAUACGCACUUUCAGAUAUUCUUAUUUUUAUUCUCUUAAGUCUUUAUUAACUUUGGAGAAAUGAUGCAUCUUUUUAUUUUAAAUGAAGUAGAUCAACAUGGUGGAACAAAAUGAUAAAGAACAGAAAACAUUUCAAUAUAUUACUAAUGAUUUUUUUCCAAUAUAAAACCUAAAUUCCUAUAACAUUAUAGUAUUUUACAGUUUUAUGAAGCUUUCUAUUGUGACUUUUAUGGAAUUAAGAGAUGAAGAAGAUGAGAUAUUUUAGCAUUUAUAUUUUUCAAAAUUAAAUGUAUACUUAAAAUAAAGUAACUUUAUGCAUU